UAGGACUUUCAGUGGAUAAAGUUGUGUGGGGAGAAUUCAGGGUUUUAAUACUUAAUCUCCAACCAUUGUAAUUGUAAUUAUCCCAAAACAAACCCUUACAUCAGGAAUAGUGAAAAUCUACAGAGACAGUUCAAAAUUGGAAAAAUAGAGAGAGGCCUGCAAGAUUUGCACCAAUUUCUUUCAAAGUCACUCAGAUUCAUUUGCUGCCCAACACGUCCCCAUGUCGACGCCGGAAACGGAAUCGGCGGAACCCUCCUCCAAUCACAUUCACUCUCUUCCGUUAGUUGACCUCCACCUCUUGUCUCAGCCCGAACUCUACACCCUCUCCCUCUCUGGCGCCACUCACCGCCACAGUCGACCCAGCGACAACGAUUCGGUCAUUCCUAAAAUCGACCGUUCCAAUUUCAACGAAUCCGCGGGCAGCCGCAAACAGACUUUCUCCAAACUACGCCUCAACAAGCGCAAACAAAAUUGCGGGGUUCCCGCCUCCUCCUCCUCUUACCACAUUCCGGAGCCCGUCGACCGAGAAAACUCCCAAAUUAUCUCUCUGCUGCAGCAACUCUUUGGCGUCGAGCCUCUCCGCAACGAGCUGCGCCCCGACCGCGGUGAUGAGGCGGACCGCCAACUGUUUCCGGUCCAUGUCGAGUUCAAACAACCGCCUCCUGUGCCCGUGGCGUUUCAGAACGUUCCGAUUGACGUUAUUGAUGCUUCUAUUAGGAAGAGGAAGCGCGGGCGGCCGAGGAAGAACGAUAAUUCGGUAUCGGUUUUCGAGGAGGAGACCAAGAAGGUUAACGAAGAGGGCAGCGCACUGGUCACGGUCAACGAGAGGGGAUUUGGUAUGGACGCGGAUGAUUUGGAUUAUGAUCCGUUUGGAGACGAGUUGAAGAGAAGGACUGAAGGGUUGGAGACGGAGCCGCAGUUGUUGGAAUUUUUGGAGACUCUGAAUGGAGAGUGGGCGAGUCAGAGGAAGAAGAGGCGGAUUGUCCCGGCCAGUGAUCUUAGCGACUUGUUGCCUGCCGGAUGGAAGAUAGUUAUUACCCUUUUGAGGAGGGCAGGUCGUGCUUCUGUUGUUUGUCGCCGUUACGUAAGUCCUGGUGGGCACCAAUUCGAGUCUUGCAAAGAAGCUUAUGCGUACUUGCUUUCUGUUUCUGGUGUUCAAGAUAAGGGCCAUUUAAAAUCUAGUUGUACUGAUGAUGGUGCUCAGCAAUUGUCCAGUAGUAUGAACAUGGCAUCUGAAAGUAGUGUUGGUCAUGUCCCUGCCGGAGCCACGAAGACUGAUGCCAAUGCAAAUUAUUCGUCUAUUCACUCUGGUCAAGAGAAUCAGCUCCCAAUAUCAUUAUCAGUUGGGAGUGGAAAUUUCAACAGUGAUCUACCUUUGGGUUGUAAAUCAGGAGAUGCUAGUGAUGACUUUAGGGGCUUUGACCAUCAAACGGAAGAUAAAAAACUGUUGGAGGCUGACAAGAAUGAUGGAAGUUCAGUUCAGGGAUGUUCUCACGUGAAUGAUAUAGUUUGUAAUGUAGGCAAUGAGAAGUUGGUUGGUGCUAUUGAGUCCACUGAUGCUGCUUGCAAUCUUUAUAUUCCUUUAGUUUUCUCAACUCCCUUCUCCACUAAUAAUAGUGACAAUGGUCAAAUUUCAGAGGAUAUAAAUGCUGCGACAUGCAUAGAAGGGGGCAUUAGUAAUUUUGCUAGUCAGGAUAAAAAUACCAGGUGCCCUGAAAGUGUUCCCUGUGGAGUUGACAACAAUGGGCUUGGGCUUUCUGUGAAAUUAGUAGAAGAGAGCACUCAGAAAAUAAGUUUUGAUAGCAGCACACUGGCUCCAAAUUCUGAGGGGCAAAUAUUUGCUGGUAAAAGGUUAGAGGAUAGACAUCUUAUCAGUUCACAGGAAGAUAUGGAAAUUGCAGAUGAUAAGGUCAUUAAUGAUGACAAAAAAUUAAUUGUGUGUGGCACAGACCGGGCUGAGUUUAAAGAUGUUUUUACUGAUGUUAAACUGCAGAGUAGUUCUGAGGGUUUUUCACUUGUCACAUCUCAUUGUGAACUUAAACAUGCAUCUCUAAGUAAUAUGGACAGGACCCAGACUUCCGAGUUGAAGGACUCUGCUGAGGAAAAUAUUUUUGACAGUGAUCUAUUUAGCUCAUCUAUUGAUGAAAGAACAUGUGUUCACAGUGGUUACAUUAGUAAUGUUCCUUUUAGUUCUUGCACACAAGAUGCAGUUGAGUAUGGUGGAUUUGAUUUUUCUUCUGAUCUUAAAUUAACUAAGGAUGUUAGUGAUAAUCAUAUUCUUUCUAAUGAGGAUGCCGUGACAAGAUGUUUACAGGAGAGGAGUUCCUUGAAUGACCAAAAUAGCAUGAUGGGCAAUCUUUUGCAUCGUAGUUCUCAAAGUAAUUUAUUUGCCCUAACACCUAAUCAGCACCCUUCUGCUUUUCACGAUAAUGUGAAUAUCUGUGAUGGAACCUUUGAUGCACUCAAAGGUGUUGAUGCUGGAUACAUGGAGCCUCAGUUGGGCAUUGUUUCUCGCAGCAAUAUUGGUGUAGAUGCAUAUACUACUGCAAGCAUUAUGCAGGGAAACUCACAAGGAUGUGUAUCUGUUCCUCUUGGUGGAAGUAUAUUAAACUUUGAGAAGAAAAGUGAUGAUGGUGUUAAUAAAGCAAAUAAGCCUUGCUUAUCAGAAAAGGCUCAGAAUGAAGUUGAAAUAUUCCAAACUGACUCUAUGGGUCUACCCAAAUUUCUUUAGCAGUUAGAUAGAUUCAGAUGCAGAUGUGGUGACACAUGCAUGCAGUGCAGGAAACAUUUUCUUUAAUAAAACUUGUAUGAUAGUUUUGCUGUGUGCUGGUAACCACAAGGCUCUGCUAGUGUAUAUAUUUUCGAUUUCCCAUUGAAGAUGAUAAGCUAGAACAGAUAAUUGUUUGAAAGCAGCAUUAUAUUUGUGGAUAGAUUCAUCUGGUCGUGCCGUGGCUUCUCCAAUCCAGAGGUGAGUUUAUAUCCACUAGAUGUACACAACAAUACUGAUGUAUGCUUAAUAACGCUCUAACAGAAUAAUUGGUAGCAUAAGUAAUUGCGGAUCAUUGUAAACGAAACCCGAAAUAAAUGGGAAAAUUUUGGACGAGUUUGCUUGCAUGAUUGGAAUUAGAAGAGAAACUCGAACGCUGCUUACCACAGCUUUUGGGCACAAUCUUGUCAAUGGCAAUGUGCUGGUCCUAGACAGUUUAUAUCUCUGUGACCAUGUAAGAAGAACGAGUAUCGUUCAGUCAGAAGGAUGGAAGAUUUUCAAGCAGGUUUUUAUGGAUUGCAAAUUAUUGGAUGGCGAUUUUCUCUUUGUUGCUGCUGCAUAUUCGUGGCAGGGAGGCAACGCUUUCCAGUGGUUAGACAUUCUUAUCUUAAAAUGAAAUGGAUAUUGCUUUUUCUCAAGCUAUUUGCUCCCUUUUAAACCUAUAUUUUUUCCACUUCUAGUUUAGUUUGUCAGAGAGAAACCUCUUACCAAAAGGUAAAAGAUCUUUCAGAUUUUUAGUGGCUUUCUUCAUUCAUUGGCCUUUCUAAGAUUUCUUCUCAACCUAUUGGAACAAUAAUAUAUUUUACUACUGACAUUCUAAAGAAAGAGAAUACCUGUAGUUAUGUCUAUUUUAAAUCUGUGAAGUUAGAUGCUCAUACCUGUAGAAUCACCGUUGAAUUGUUCAGAAGUAGGGCAUUUUAUAAUUGUAAUCUUUCAUCACUGAUUACCAAAAAACAGUAGAUGUUUAAGAUAUUGGAUACAGUGAAGUAGUGUAAGCUUUCACUUCCCAUCAAAUGGUGCUUUCGUAUGGCCUACUUCUCCCAUGGAUGUCUACUACAACCAUUACUUAUGGUCACAACAACCACAGUCGUGGCCACACCACCGCCCCAAAAGAUCCCCAGUGUCAUCCGAACAAACAUUUAUAUUAUUCUCGACAACAACCACGGCCACCCCACAGUCACCGCUGCCACCAUCAGCAUCAACAGAGUGGCCACCACAAACCUCAUGGUCCUCUCCCGUAUUCCCAUACCAGUCAUUCCGGUCCCCUACCACUUUAUGAGUCGCCAUCGUCGUGGUGGCAAGCACAACCAACUUUCCCCACGCGAUCCCAUGGGUUCGCCCUGUGAAGAAGAUCCUUCACCACACACCCUGUUACACCCCUCAACCCCCUUUUCAUGGAUUCUCUCCCCAACUUUUCCUGUCCCUCCUUGUCUCUACCGUUGGAUUAUUUUCCCCUUUUAUUACCCUUAAUCCCCAUCCUCCAAUCAACCCCAAAAUCCCAUCCCUUUACUAUUAUACAAAUAUAACAAGUUUUGUUUGAAAUUCAAAACCACCUUCACUACCAACAAUUCUCAAUCCAUCACAUAAUAAUCCAAAUUCCAUUGUCAAUCCACGUCACGUUGCCUUCAUCCUCGACCAACUUGGAGAAAGCCUAUCAUUGGUUAAGCUGAAAUUUUGCUAUGGUUCUAAAUCUGUUUUGAUAUUAUUUUUCUUCUUCUGUUGGAAGAGUUU